AUGGCACCUGAGUCGUUUCAAUAUCCAUCUCCUUAUACUGGCUAUCAGUCAGGAAUUAAUCCUCAUAGAACAAGGUUUACCCCGAAUAUCGAUGCGGCAACUCUAAGCUCGCAUCAAUCAUGGGCGAAUUCUUCGUCUGUGGGGGGUAAUGCCUCGAUGGAAAUGAAUGUUGACGCGCCUUGCGAAAACUGCAAUUACCAACACCGAUGCACUCGGCCGGCGGGGUCAUCGUUUUGUCAUCGAUGCGCUUCUCUCAAUUUAACAUGCAGGACGGCGCUCGAAAGGCAAUCAAGCUCCCGGCCGUUGGCUUGCCAUGACUGGCCUCUCACAUCCGAAAAUCGAUAUGGAAACCCACCGAUUACCAAUACGGCUUCAGCAGCACCACUCCUUCCGCGAAGUUCCAAACCUCAAGGGACAUUGGAGACAAGUGUAAAACGCGGACCCGGCAGAGGAUGCAUUCCAACACUAGAUGCGCGUCUUUCGCGACUCGAGAAUCUCUUAGGAGAGGCUUUGCCUAACGCGUCACAAGUUUUGAAUCCGGGAAAAUACGCGUCAGGACUCGCCAACAAUUCCUCAACGACCGACCAUAGAUGGGCGUCAUAUCCUUCCCAAUUGUCAUUGGCCGGUGCCAGAACGAGAAGAGUUUCGCAAUAUUCGACGUUGGAACUGCCUGAGGACCCGCUUCUGGAUGGUGCUAUGGAAGAUGCCCUACUAGCUGGACAGCCGAUCCACCAGCUUUACUCCUGCGGAAAUGCGGCAGGCCUACCGAAGAAAGGAAACCUGUCGACCGCGGGGCUGUUUCUAGAAUCAUCAAGAAAGUAA